UAUUAAUAUAAAAGCAAUGAUGAAGCAUACUUCUCAGAAUAGGUCGUCACUGUGCAAAACCUUGCUAUUUUUCAUGGCGCUUAUGCUAAUGACAAACUCAGUUAGUGCCAAAAAGUGCAGAGCCCUUACUAUGUCAGGUGCAGGUGCUCUUGGAGCAUAUCAAGCUGCUGUAUUUGUUGGACUUGUUAAUAAUUUGCCAGCAGAAGACAUUGCUUAUGAUGUCGUCACUGGUGUAUCAGCAGGUUCUUUGAAUGCUCUUGGUCUUUCAGGAUUUGACCCCAUGGAUGUCGAAGCUGGAUCCAAUUUCAUAUAUGGACUGUGGUCUAGUAUCCCAAUGGAUAAAGCAUUCGAUACUUGGCCUGGAGGUAUUCUUGCAGGAUUCUUCCAUAAAGGCCUUUUUGAUCUUGACCCAGGAAGAGCUUGGGUUACCAGAGAAUAUGGAAGCCAGACCCCUCAGAAGAAAAUUACUUUCUCAGUUAUGAAUGCCAACACAGGGCAAUACAUUAAUUUUGACUACGAUAAGACAGACGUACUACCUGAUGAUUUUAUCGAUUCUGCAUUUGCAUCCUCGUCUAUCCCAGGAGUCUUCCCUCAUGUUACCAGAGGAGAUGAUGAACUAGUAGAUGGAGGUACUGUUUGGAACAUUGAUAUUGAAUCUCCAAUCAGACGCUGUAAGGAAAUCGUUGAAAACGAGUCAGAUAUUAUUCUUGACAUUUUCCUUGUCUCAGCCGCACACAUCACAGAAGAGCCUGAUUUCUCUAGCUAUUCGGCUCUUGACCACUUUUUCAGAGGGCAAGAUAUUUUCUCGUUUUACAACGGUAUGAAUGAUUAUAACUCAAGCUUAUUAAAUUUCCCAGAUGUAGAGAUUAGGCAUGUAAUUUAUCCCUCUCAGAAACUAAGUAGCUCUCCUCUCGAUAUUAUCUCAUUCACCCAACCUGUAAUGGACAAAUGAUUUGAAGCUGGACAAAGAGAUGCCGCGAUUUCUGCUCAGCUCGGAUCAGGAGGUUAUGGAAAAAUAUUGCUUGAAUUCACAGAGAAACUCAAGAACGGUGAGAAAGCAAACCUUGAUGAUAUGCUCCAAGCUAGAUUAAAGCAAAAACUGGAGGAAGACAACAAAAUCUCUGGAUAACCUUAA